AUGGCAAUUGAAUAUUUGCAUCAUGGUAAUGACACUCCGAUAGUUCAUUGCGACCUGAAGCCAGCAAACGUUCUUUUGGAUGAAGAUAUGGUGGCUCAUGUUGGUGAUUUUGGUAUCUCUAAAAUUUUAGCCAUAAGCAAGUCCAUGGCACAUACCGAGACAUUGUGUACUCUGGGCUACAUUGCACUAGAAUAUGGCUCAGAAGGAAUAGUGACCACUAGUGUUGAUGUUUACAGUUAUGGCAUCAUGCUGAUGGAGGUUUUGACCAAAAGAAGGCCAACAGAUGAAGAGAUAUGUAAUGAAAAUCUUGGCUUGAGGAAAUGGAUAAUACAAUCAUUUUCAGGGACUAUGAUGGACAUUAUAGAUGACAAUCUUUUUCAUGAAGAAGAACAAAUCACUUCUAAAAGUGAAAUCUGCAUAGCUUCCAUGUUCGAAUUGGCUUUAGAUUGCACAAUGGAAAUGCCAGAAUCUAGGAUAACCAUGAAAGAUAGAAAAUUGUUACAAGCUAACUGGUUGCAAAAGAGGAAAGUAAAUGAUAACAGUAGAGGUUCAAGAGGAUUCAUGAAUCAAAAUCAUGCUACUGGAUUUAAUGGUGGUAAAAAUCAUAAGGAUUCUGGGAGGUUCAAUGCUAGUGGACAUCAUGGAAAUAAAUUUGCAUUACAAGUCAAUACUCAGACUUCACUUAACAGUUUUAAUAAUCAGUUUGCUGGUGGAGUUGUAGGACAAUCUACUUCAACUAGCUGUGAAGGUCAUAAGGAAGCUAAUAAUGCAGCGUUUUCCAAAGUACAAGGGUUUACUAAUGGAGAAUACGAGCAAAUCAUGGAUCUUUUGAACAAGGAUCAACAAGACCUGAAGUAUAACUCCCCAUAA